ACGGAGAGGAGGUGGUGUUCAACAGUGCCAAUCUCUCUGCGCUUGAGAUGCUAAAACUCUACAACCAGCACAUCACAGUACUAGCACCGAAAGAAGAACCAGCAGUUAUAGUCACGACUAAAUCGGCGAAGAAGACGUUGAAUAAAAGGCGUUAAACUGACUCGAAACCAAACACACCGACGAUGCCUAAGAACCAGGUCAAAGAGGGCUACAACGUCAAGUUGAUCGACACCCUGUACAACCAGAUUCCGGCUUUUACGGACGUCUUUGAUGAAGACUCUUUUUACACUUUUGUCAUAUGCUUCGUUACGGGGACGAUUGUCCUCGUCUUUAUUAUAUCAAGAUUUGUCACUUUAAAACCAAUUGAUUGGUAAAAAUAAAUAUUUCAAAUUUUAAAACACUGUAGUGUGCAACCUAGUCGAAAUGUCAAUGUGUUCAAUUUAAAUAAAAUGUUUAAAAAAUA